CUUAUAGUUUUUCUGUUACCAUAGAACAAAACUGUAAAACCAAAAAUAAAAUAAAACAAAACAAAACAAAUAAAGUGUGACAUAUCCAAAACUAAGUGAAUUCUGCUACCUAGUUCAUGCACUCGGCUAUGGCUAUGGCAGCUCAAGGAGUUGCAAGCAAGCUGGUUCCUGAUGUAUCCAUGCAUUCUCACGCAUUGAUGACGAAAAGGAUUUCUUGCUCUGCUGCUCAGCUUCCGAAUUCUCACCCUAAGAUUCUUCAAAUUCGCACAACCAGAGACUUUAGGGUUUCUGACAGGGAUUCCCAUUGCAACAUUGAUUGGUCUUGGAGGAGAGAAUUUAAAUCCAUUUCCUUGAAUCAAGCAGCGAAGCCGACGAGAAGAGGGAAAUGCUGUGCAGUAGCAGCAGGCGGGGAGGUUAUGGAAGGCGACGUUGUUGAGUAUCCUCUGCCCGAGUAUGUCAGAUCCAGCGGUCUCUAUGGUGCCAGAAGCCACGGCCUUGGAGCUGUUAGCGAAAUUGUUGCUGAUGACUCUUCGUCUGCCACCUUGUGCCAUAUCGAACCACUAGUCAUGGUUGAGCCGCCGGAGCCUUCUUGGGUUGUCGACGAGCGGCAAGAAAUGGUUGUAGUUCACUUAUCGGAGGUUCGACGCUUGGAGGCGUGGCUAUCAAUGCGAAUGAUAGAUGACAGGAUUUCUAAUCCCCAUGGGGAACACGCUGAGUACCUAUGGCUGGUUGAAGAGCCCAUUUCCGAUGGCACCGGGUCUCCAAUGUAUGAUGAAGCAACUACCAAUCAUGGUCACUAGAUAGUAAUCAAUAAAAAUUCUAGACUGAAUCUCGUUCUGAACAUGUUUGGUAACACGUAUAUGAACAGGUUUGGUAACAUGUAUAAUAUGAACAGGUUCGGGCCUGUACAGGCCUGUCCAAGCUUGUUAUCUAGACUAGUUUCACCUUCAGCCCUUUUCACGCCACUAAAAUUAUGAUGAGAGGUUCCAGUCAUGUUGCGAGUAAAAUUUCCAAGAUAUCGGUACACUUAAUGUUAUACCGAUUUGUAUGAAUAUUUCCAAGAAAUCAAUGCAUUUCAUAUCCCUCA